AUGCCAUCCUUCUUUAGUAAGAAGAAAAACAAAGGCAGUCGUGAGGAGGAAGGAGAAGAUGAUGAACGCGCCUCAACUCCUCCGCCGACAUAUGAUAAAUCUGGACAAGGUCCUGGUCAGGAUGCCCCUCCCUCGUUCGAUGUAGCGACAUCAUCUGCCCAAGGUACAUCCCCAACGGACCACCUUACUUCACUCAUGACCUCGUUUGCGAGUCUCAGAUUGGAGACGCAGAAGGAUCCAGACGUCGAUACCUGCAUCGCCCAUCUGCGUUUCGUUCAUGCUAUUCAGAAUCUUAAAGAAGAGAUUGGAUAUCACGAUGGCCUUUGGAAUUUAUGGGAUUCUCGCGCCGGGCCGGUCGGCGCCCUCGAGGAUGGUGAGUUGGAUGAGGCUCAAAUUGCAGACAUUAAAACGAAACUAUCCCAUCUACGAGAGAAACGAUGGGCCCUGUAUGUAGCAAGGGCUGUCGAUCGUUAUCAGCUAUGGUGGCAGGCUAUCGCCGGGGACCGACUGAUGGCAAAAGAAGUGCACGACAAGGACUCGCCCCGAUGGGUCGAAUUUCCAAAUGGGGCAGCGGACUUUUCGUGGACAGAAGAUCAGCUACCUCCCUUAGACGUUUUGAUGGUUUGGCAUACACACAUGCUGAAUCCGCGCUGCUAUCUUGAGGAUGCUAUGCUCUGGGGUCUAAGAGAGCUGUGGACCACGGGCAUGCCAUGGGCUGUCCUGAACAAAGCACUCGAUCCCAAAAUGGCUUACUCGCCUUCAUCUGAGUGCAGAAUGAACUGGGAAACGCAGACGGGUGUAAAAUGGGAAAAUGAGCUCGGCCCUACGACAAAGAUUGUGGACUGUCCAGCUUGCAAACAGCCAAAUGACGUGGCCUGGACAACAUGUGGUCUGCCUGAGACUUAUAAAGGAGUCGCCGAUCCCGGUUUGACUGGGAAUGGCUAUGGCGACGGUGAUUUUAAACAAACUUGCACCGAGUGCGGAGUAGUUGUUACCAAAUCGCUACUCUCUGUUGCCAAGCUGGUUCGGGAUACUAACAAUUAUAUUGAAAAUGAUAUCACUAUGCCCGGAUCUGUUCUCCAUCCAGAGAGCGGCAUGCCUCCAACUCCCGACCAAAUAGCCGAUGUCAUUCUCCCUAACCACCUUGCUAAGCAAGCAUUGGGAUCUCAGCUGGAGAACUUUAUUAAUUACUCGAUGGGGAAUUUGCCGAGCAUGCUAACCAUAAAGGAUCUAUUCUCCAAAAUUCUUUCAACAGAACAGGGAGUCUCGAGCAUUCGAGAUCCCAAAGCUCAGGCGACUGCGUCUGCGAGCCCAAGUAACGGGGCACGUCCACGGCUAAGGAGUACCGAAGCGGUACAGAUUCGGAAAAUGAUGUCUCGAUACUGGGAGACCCACUCCAUUUUCGCCUUGGACCUUGUGGCAGCAGUUAUGAGACAAGGAACAUUUAUUGAAAAGGCGGUUCGGCUGAAUUGGCUGUUCUCUCCUGUCCUCCGGCAGAGCAUGGACCGGUUUUGCCAAAAGUAUCAAAGAUUCCUCCUCAUUAUGCAUGAAGACUCGAUGCAUCUAUGUGUCCCAACUUUGGAUGUCGACCUGGUUUGGCACACGCAUCAGCUGGCUCCACGAGCAUACUACAAAUCUACUACGACUCACUCGGGGAAACUAGCACUCCGGAAGGCCAAAUUUGUUGAUCACAACGACAAAGUAGAGGAGAGCACCCUGGCUAGGUCAUUCGAGAGGACCAGUGCUACAUAUCUUGCCAAGUUUGGAGAGGUGUACUCCGAGUGUGCGUGUGGAUUUUGUGAAGCUAUCCAUCACAAGAACAGCUUUCCAAAAGGGCCCAGUCUGUUCAACGUCGGAAAGAACAAGGUGCAAAAAGCCAUACAUGACUUUCAGAAUGCUCAACCGCCUCCUCCCAGUGAGGGGACAGCCCACAUAUCCGCCCACAACGCAAGCGAGCAACCUCCUACCAGAGCCUACAUUGGGGAGUAUAUCCGCAAAGCGUGGGAAUUCAAACUAGACGAGUCAUAUGACAGGGCUGUAAAGCGCGCUGGCAAAAAAGGGCGCAAGUUACCAUCGAAAGGCGAAUACUACAGCCACUGGGGCAGGAAAUAUUUUAUAUACGGCCCGCAGGCAGCACCGACAUUCUUAUCGGAUAGCAUGUACAGCGGAUCAAGCCCAGCCUCCAUGGUCAGCCCCGGUGCAGAUCCAGCAUGGGCAACCUGUGCAAUGGGCGCUUGCGGACAGAAUGACAUUGCCGCUGGGGGCUGUGGCGGGCCUGGUGGUUGUGUGCAGUGGGGUAACAAUGCUCUGGGGAAUCAUGGGAUACUCACUGGUGGCAUUGCUACUGUUCCUGGCGGUGCUGGCGGCUGUGGUGGAGGUGGAGGUGGAGGCGGUGGUUGA